AUGUCCGGCGUGCCCGCCCGCUUCUGGGGCUCCCCGAUCCGAUACCUGCGCUGGGCCGCGCACGAGAAGCCCGCCAUCUUCUGGAGUUGCGUGCUGGGAGGACUGGGACCAGCGAGUUUCGCGAUAAUUCCACCGCUGCGCCGGUGGGUUGGAGAUGAGGACCCGCCGCGGAUUCCCUUGACCUAUCCUGUUCCCAAGGGACCGAGGAAGAUACCCGAAGGUUUCGACGAUCCGAAAUGA